AUGCCCUCCGAAACAGAGCCUCUCCUCCCCCGCUACGACGAUGAAACCGCCCGCCAGCGUCGGCUUCACCAGAAGCUGCACACGUACCAGAUGCUCCGCGCCAUGGGCGAGGGCUAUAUGCCCUCCACCGAGCAAACCAUCGCCAACCUACGGACUCUGCUAGCGUCGGACGUGCUGAACCUCCGGAAUCAGGAUAUUGGCUCCGUGGGUCGAUUGCUGGUGCGCGAUGCGCGGUUGUGGAUUACCGUGUUGAUUGAGCUUUUGCGGGAGAAGAAUGAGGGGGAUUUGGUGCAGGAGUUUUUGUGGAGAUUGGCGCGGUCGAGGGUGGAGGUUGAUACGGGGCGCGUUGGUGCGAGUGCUAGGCGCGUGAAGGCGCGGGCGGAUGCGAAGGCUGCAUACGACAGCUUCCGCACGGUGGGCAGCUUGCUCCUGACAAAUGCUGAUUUCCGUCUUUUCGUCGACGACGUCGCUACCGUCGGCCGCCAGAUCUUUGCCGAUACCGCGGCCUCGCUGUCCGAAACCUCGAAACAGGUCGCUGAACAGGUGCAGCCGUCGGAGGAAGAGACACGAGCUUUACAGGGACCUGGUGCAGACCAGGGACGUGAAUUGUCCAGCGAGGAAUUGAGGGAAGGAGUCGCGCAUGUGGUUGACAUCGCUGGCAAGGGUGUCGUGCGCACUGAGCAGGCGGCCGUGGAGAGUGCAAAAGAGCAUUUAUCUGGCCCAGAACGGGAUACCUUGCUACACCGAUUGAAGCAGGCUGUCUCGAAGCUCCGCGAACGAACUGACUACACUGAUUCUGUGUCGACUAUCACGCAGUUGAUUCAGCGCUAUGCGGCUGUCUACGCUACUGCCGCGGAAGACACGGCCGCAGCGGCACAGGAAGAUGUCGAGGCGAAUGAGGAUCUGAAAAAGGCGGUUGACCACCUUUGGAAUUUGCUACGGCAGUUUGGUGAUACCAAGGAGUGGGAUAGACUCAAGGAGAAGUUCCACGGUGUCCUGCAACAUGCUAACAAGGAUCCUGAGUUUGAUCAUCUGAUGGGGGGCGUCACCAGCUCGCUGCAGGCUAUGCUUACAGAACCGGCAUUCUUUGACUCGGCAUCCGAGAAGCUCGACGAGCUGAAGCAGCAGUCGGAGAAAGUGGGCCCCGAAACGGGGAUUCGCAAAGAUAUGGAUGAACUUUUGGUGCAGGCAAAACGGACCCUGCGGAGUGUGCCCGAAGACAACGAAGUGUCCAAGUUGGUCAAUGCGACUAAAAAGCUACAUCGGGAUGCAUACAAUGCCUACAAGGAUAAAAAGGCAGAUAUCCCAGCGGAUCUUGCGAAUGUGUUUCUUCCCGUGGUCCUGCGCAUGAUCCAGUACAUACCCAUUCCCCGGUUGGAAGUGUCCGCGCCAGAGAUGGACCUGCUACUCGAAAACCUGAUCCUGGAACCGGGUCGCACUGUUAACUUCUCAUCUUUCUUACCGUACCGCAUCAACCUGCUUACGCGGAAUGAUAUCGACAUUGUGAAGAAACAUGCCAAGCGCACCGACACUACUAUCAAAACCGCCUUCACUCUUAACAUACAGGGCCUCAAUCUCAGUGCCCAGGACUUUGGAUACUGGCUACGCGCACACGCUGGCUGGUUCUUCCACCUGAAAGAUGAAGGAAUAGCCAGUUUCUACCUCGACCGCCGAGGCCUUGAUAUCUCCCUCGACGUCGAAGUUGGCCGUGGCCGUCUGGAGCAAAUCUUCUCUCUCCGCAGUGUCCGUGUCCGCAUCCACAAGCUCGAAUACAAGGUCUCCCAGAGUAAAUGGAAGUUCCUCCUAUGGCUGACAAAGCCGUUCCUGAAACACCUGAUACGACGUGUCCUGGAGAAGAAAAUCGCCGAGGAGAUCGUUUCGGCUGCGUUGGCGCUGAACAGGGAGUUGGUCUUUGCUCGGGAACGGCUUCGUGCGGCUCGUAUCGCUAAUCCUCAGGAUUUGGCGACAUUUGUGCGUGCUGUGCUUGCGCGACUACGGCCAGCUGAUACUGACGUGGAGGCUCGUGUUGCGCUGGAGCCCCCGAAGAGUGGCGUUUUCAAGGGUGUGUAUGCACCUGGGAGUAUUGUUAAGACUUGGCAUGAGCAGGCUACGGCGGCCCAGGAGGCGAUUGAUGAUGGGGAUGAGACACAUGGUGUGGGAUAUACGUGGCGGAAUGAUAUCUUUGAUGUUGCAGGGGCUUAG